UUUUGAAGAGGUUAAAUGACAUAACAUCUGAAAUACAAAAUUCAUUUUAUCGUGAUCGAAAGCACGGAAAUAAAUUAAAAUGCAUUCACGACAGUCGAUGACAUCUAUAAGCUCUGCCAAUUUCCAACAGCAGGGAAUUGGAAUUGUUGUCCAACAGAGUGUUCACAGAAGCUAUUCACAGGACAGUGGUUUAAAUUUUGGCGCUUACCCUGGGGAUAUCCGGAUGAAUCCUUUGUAUGCGGCAGAACCUGAAGACAUCGAAAUUCAACCGCAAAUUAGAGGUUUCGGACGUGAAAGUGCUGCUUUGGCCAACUUACCCAAGAAUGUAAAUUCACGACAAAAUGUCUGUCCGAGCUCACCUUUGGGUAUUCCCCAAGACGAGGAUGAAGUUCCAACAUCUAAUAGUCCAAGCGCAGGCUGUGGAAUCCAGAAUAACUGCUUCACUGUAUUCAAACGUGUGUUCUCAGCACUUCUCAUCAUUGGAGAUGUAUUGAUCGACUGGACAUCAUUGGCCGAUGUCAUCAAGGGAACGGUUUCGAAUGAAAGCACACUUACAAAGAAUGAACAGUUCACGUUCUCCUUUCCAGCGUUCGACGAUGCUGCAUUAAACAGCAGUUCAGCGGAAACAGAUAAUUGUGGCUCCUCUACCUUUAAACUAACGAUCUCGUACGGCGGUUUUGUCAUUUUUGGCUCUGUCUUUGCCCUAGUGAAAUUGCUGAACAUCGUUGGAGAAACCAGGCGUGAAAUUUGCGAGAAAAACCCAAAGUACGAUAAACGUGACAAUAAAUCACAAAAGAAUGAAAAGAAAAAACAAAAAUCAUUUGGAUUUCAGUUGUUACAUGGCUGGGUAGAAACAUUCUUUGCUCUUUUGUUUGAAGAUCUCCCACAAAACUUCUUGCUUCUCCUAUACUCGAUGUCCUGUAAGAGUAAUGCCUUAAACAAAACAAAGACAUUUGCGUCCAUGAUAGGUUCUUUUGUGAAAAAUGUCUUUCGAAAAUCAACAUGUAAACAAAAAACUGGCUGCGUUUGCUGUCUAUAUGCUUUCGAUAUUGGCUGCAUGAACUUCACUUGCUUAGCUUGCGUUGUUUGUUCCUGUUGUUCGUCCGCAAACAAUUACUAUCCAGAUGGAAGUUUAGUUAAGGUCAAGGAGGAAAAAUGGCGAAUUGAAGAUGCUGAAGAUCAUUUUAGGUGUUGCGAAUGUGUUGAGCUUGAGUGGGGGUGUGAGGUAGAUUUUCCACCUGUUUGCUCGUGUGGGCGCUGCGUUUUAAUCGAACAAAUGGGGUGCUGUAAUAACAAAUUUGAAAGUAAAUGCUGUGAACUGGAGUGCUGUAGGAACGGUUGUUGUGGUAAAAGGAUCGAUAAAGACCCAAUAUGGUUACAGAAAUACAUAACCUUAUGUUAUCUGAUCAACAUUGCAAUAUUUAUCUUGCAUGUUCUUGGUACAAAUCUGGCUGAUAUGUUUGGUUUAUAG